GGGAAAGACAAAGGACAGUUGUCUGUGGGUGGCAGCCCCACAUCACCUCAAUCCACCAUGGACGUGCCCUGGCCUCUGGGGCUGAUUCUGCUCCUCUUGGGGACCCCCCUCGCCCAUGCCGAGCCCCUGUACCUCCUGGUGACCCCCCGAGUCCUGAGGGUCGGCAGCCCCGAGAACAUCCUUGUCCAGGCCCAUGGGGUCCCCGAUCAGCCCCUCCCCAGUGUCCUCAAGGUCAGUAUCACGGUGUGGGACUUCCCCAUGAGGAAGCUGUUGAUGACGGGGCUCCAGCUCACGCUCUCGAGUGAAAACAACUUUAUGGAUCAGGCACCUGUGACGAUUCCCGAAAGCGUGGUAUACCCCCCAAAACCGGGACAGCAAUAUGUUUCCAUCCGUGCAACCUGGACACCCACCUCAUCCUCCUCGUUCGUGGAGAAACUGGUGCUGGUGGUGCCCCAUGCUGGCUACAUCUUCAUCCAGACAGACAAGACUAUCUACAACCCCGAGCACUUGGUUCAGUACCGAGUGUUCACUGUAAACCACGCAAUGGACCCCAUCAACAGGACAUUCACACUGGACAUCAAGAACCCAGAGGGUGUCACUGUCAUCAGCCAGAGUCUGAUAGCCAGAGAUGGCUUCCACUCCAGAUCCUUCCGCCUCCCGGAGCUCAUCAGUUUUGGGACCUGGGCCAUCGAAGCCAGUUAUCAGAGUGCAGCCCAGCAGAAGUUCAAGGCCGCCUUCGACGUGAAGGAGUACGUGCUGCCAUCUUUCGAGGUCCAGCUGAUCCCAAACAAGACUUUCUUCUAUCUCAAAGACGAGGCCCUGGGCGUGAGCAUCCAGGCCCAGUAUAUAUUCAACAAGCCGGUAGAAGGACACGCUCUGGCCAUUUUUGGGGUGAAAAUGGAUUCCCACCAGAUCUCCCUCCAAAGCUCCCUGCAGAAGGUGGAGGUCUCCGAGGGUCUGGGCCACAUCUCCCUUCGGAAAGAGUUUCUGAUGUCCGCGUUCCAGGGCCCUGAAGAGGAAUUCAUCGGGGCCUCAAUUUUUGUCAAUGUCACCGUGUUUUCCUCAGGGGGUGAGGUGGUCCAGGCAGAUGCCUCGGGGGUGAAGAUUGUCCGGAGCCCGUACAACAUCAAGUUCAUCAAGACACCCCAGUAUUUCAAGCCGGGGAUGCCCUUCCAGUUCAGGGUCUUUGUCUCCAAUCCUGAUGGGUCCCCAGCCUCUGGAAUCCUUGUCCGCUGCAAAGACCACAAAGUGCACACCUCAGCCAAUGGGACUGCCCCUCUGACCAUCAACACAGAGGCAGAUCUGGACCAGCUUUCCAUCCUGGUGAAAACGGAUGAGCCUCUCCAGCCAGAGGAGCAGGCUUCAGCCCAGAUGACAGCUCAGGCUUACUCAACAGAGAAAGGGUCAGGGAACUACCUGCACAUUGAGGUCAUCACUUUGGGUACAGAAGUGGGUGACAACAUCCGACUGAGCCUCAACACCAGACAUCAGAACCCCUCAACCCAGAAACAGUUCACCUACUUCACCAUCCUGGUGCUGAGUAAGGGCCGGAUCGUGUAUGCCAAACAUCAACCGAAGAAGCUGGGGAGUGUCUACACAUCAGCCAUUAUUGGCGUAACCCCAGAGAUGCUACCCUCCUUCCGCAUCCUGGCCUUUUAUUUACUGCCAAAGGAAGCAGGUCAGGACCCCGAGCUGGUGGCUGAUUCCAUAUGGAUUGACGUGAAUGAUAGAUGCAUGGGAACGCUGAGGGUUGACUUGAAGAAUAAAAGACCCGUCCAGACUUUUGAGCCCAACACCAAGGUGGAACUGCAGGUGACCGGAGAUGCAGAAGCCACAGUGGGGUUGGUAGCCAUUGACAAGGCUGUCUUUGUCUUGAACAGCAAACACAAGUUCACGCAGAAGAAGGUCUGGGAUGUGGUGGAGGAGCAGGACAUUGGCUGCACAGCGGGCAGUGGGAAAAACAGUCUUGCCGUGUUCACGAAUGCUGGAUUGGACCUGAAAAUGAGCACAGGGAUGGGCACCCUGGCAAGCUCAGACUGGCACUGCCCCCAGAGCCCUCCACCCAGCCGCCACCGCCGCUCCCUAAAGAGGCUGGAGAAAAAGAGGGAUGCAGUGAGCAAGUUCCAGACGGAGCUGGAACGAAGAUGCUGCAAGGCUGGGCUCCGGGAGAGCCCAGUGGGAUUGUCCUGCAAGGAGAGGAUCCAGUACGUCCGCCAUGGUCCAGCCUGUAUGGCCGCUUUCAUGAGCUGCUGCCAUCUGUCUGAGUCUUUGACUCGGGAGGCUCGGGAGGAGCAGCUUCUUCUGGGGACAACGGAUACAGAUGAGGACUUUGAUGAUCUCUUCAUGGAUGAACUGCCCAUCCGGACCUUGUUCCCCGAGAGUUGGCUCUGGAGGAAGUUUGUUCUGCCAAAAAGUGAAUCAGGCAUCUCCCGUGACAUCAUCAGUGUCAACUUGCCGGAUUCCAUCACCACGUGGCAGUUUGUGGCCGUCAGUCUCAAGGCAGGACAAGGUGUCUGCGUCUCAGACUCCUUUGAGCUGACGGUUAGCAAAUUGUUUUUUGUGGACCUUAAGUUGCCCUCCUCCAUGGUCAAGAAUGAGCAGGUCCAGAUUCAAGCUGUGCUGUACAAUUUCUGGGAUCGCCAGGUCAUGGUCCAUGUGGAGUUCCCCCACAAGGAGCCGCUGUGCAGUGCGUCCAAGCCGGGAGCCCCAUCUCGCCAGAGGGUGACUGUGCCCCCAACCUCCUCCAAGAUGGUGCCCUUCGUGGUUCUCCCUGUCGAGACAGGCAGAGUGGACGUGGAGGUCAAGGUCUUGGGCUUUGGGAUCCAGGACCACGUAAAGAAGACGCUCAUGGUCCGGGCUGGGGGUCAGAUGGAGCAAAUGUCCCACAGCUUCUUCCUGAACCCCCAAGGUCAGACACAGACAAUGUUUGUGCCAAGGCAGGACAUUCUGAAUCAGGUGCCCGACACGCAGGCGGAAGUGUUUGUCAGUGUCCAAGGUGACAUCCUUGGCGAGACAAUCCUGGGCAGUCUGACCCCAACAGAAACGCACCAGCUGCUGAAGGUCCCGAUAGGCUGCUCUGAGCAGAUGCUGAGCUCCCUGGCACCCUUGAUCAUCCUGACCCAGUAUUUGGAUGCCACGGGCCAGUGGGGCAAGGUUGGAGUGGAACUCAGGGACCAGGUGAUGGAAAACAUUGUCAACGGAUACGCUCGGAUGCUGACUCACAGGAGUGCAGACAACACCUACCACAUCCACCAGGGAAAUCCAGGAAGCACCUGGCUCUCGAGCUACGUGUUCCGAAUCUUCAUGCUGGCCUACCCCACGAUGACCACCAGCAAGCUGGACCUGCCCUCUCUCUGUGCCACUGCCAACUGGAUCGUCACCAAGCGGCAGGUGGAGGAUGGUCACUUCUUGGAAAAAGGCCCCGUGAUCAUGAAGUCCAUGCAGGGUGGCUACCGAGGCUCUGAAGCACCCAUAUCCCUCACGGCUCUUGUCCUGAUUGCCCUGAAUGAAGGGAAGGAGUUAUGCAUCCGGGAGAUACCGAACUUGCAUGCCAGCAUCAAGCAAGCCCGUGACUACCUGGAGAGGCAGCUCUCCAAAAUUCAGACAACUUUUGCUGUAGCUAUAGUUUCCUAUGCACUGGCCCGCACCAGGAGCCCCAGAGCCAAUGACCGCCUGGACGCCUUCGCCAGCCAUGACAAAACCCACUGGCCGGUGAAGGAGCUGGGCCGGUACUCCCUGUUCACCACUGAGGCUACAGCCUAUGCGCUGCUGCAGAAGCUGGAGCUGGGUCGGCUCAACGAGACGCACGGCAUCGCCAAGUGGCUGCUGGAGAAGCGGGAGCUGGGAGGGGGCUUCAAGUCCACCCAGACCACCGUGGUGGCCCUCGAGGCCCUCACCCGCUACCGCGAGGCUGUCCCCUUCAAGGGAGUCCAGGAUCUCCACGUCCAGAUCAGCGUCCCCAAGAGAUCCUUGAACGUGGAGUGGCAGAUUGAUCAGACCAAUGCAUACCAGCAGCAAUCAGCAAAGUUCCCUGCCAUGGACGACCUGGAGAUCAAAGCCAGUGGCACUGGGAGAGGCACCAUCUCAAUCCUGACCAUGUAUCACAGAAACACCGAGUCCUGGGAGAGCUCCUGCGACUUCCACCUGAACGUGACCUUCCACCGUGUGUCUGAAGGGAACACAAAGGGGGAGGACACCUUCCAGCUGCGAAUGGAAACAAGGUUCCAAGGUGAUCGAGAGGCCACGAUGACUAUUCUGGAGAUUUCCCUUCUCACUGGCUUCUACCCCAACCUGGAGGACCUCAAACAGCUCACCAGCGAGGAGGAGAUGUACGUCUUCCAGUACGAGACGAAGACAAACUCCAGCGACAGCUCCGUCGUCCUCUACCUGGACAAGCUCUCCCACGAGGUAGACACGGUGCUGGGCUUCCGGGUUCACAGGAUGCUGGAGGCAGAGUUCCUGCAGGCUGCCCUGGUCACCAUCUAUGACUACUACGACCCUUCCCGGAGGUGCAGCGCCUUCUACAACCUGCCCACGAAGGAGACCUCCCUGCGGAAGAUUUGCCACAAAGACAUCUGCACCUGUGCCGAGGAACAGUGCCCCUCCCCGAGGAAGGACAGCGACCGGCUGAGGCAGGAGGAGCUCCAGAUGGCGGCCUGUGAGGCGGGCGUGGACUUUGUGUACAAGGUCAGACUGGAGAGCGUGCAGACCUCCACCUCCAACCCCUACAUCUACUACAACAUGCAGCUCCAAGCCGUCAUCAAGAGUGGCACAGACCCCGCCACCCCCCUCACGGUGAAGAAAUUCAUCUCCCAUGCCACCUGCCACGACUCCCUGGGGCUGCAAGAGCAGGAGACUUAUCUCAUCAUGGGCCAGAGGGGAGAUCUGUGGAGAGUCAGAUCUGAUUACACCUACAUCCUGGGCAAAGAGACAUUCCUCAUGCACUGGCCAGCAGAUGGGGAUGAAAGCAAGAAGGAAUUGUUUGGCCAGCUGGAGGAAUUUUCAGAACAUUUGCAUGCCCAAGGCUGCAGGACCUGAGACCCCGAGGACUCUGCUACCCUCGUGGCUCCCAGCAGGCCCAGGCCUCUGGGCUCAACCCUAAGUAAAGAAUAUGAAUAUCA